AUGUUUGGCCGGAAUACUCGGUUGGUUCUUUACCAUAUUCAAUUGACACUUGAUAUAGCAUUUUUAACUAGGCUCUUUUCUGUUCUUCGGUUUGAGUCCAUGAUACACGAAUUUGAUCCAUAUUUUAACUAUCGAACAACAAAAUAUAUGACAGAAGAAGGAUUUUACAAAUUUCACAACUGGUUUGACGAUAUGGCUUGGUAUCCCCUUGGUCGAAUUAUCGGUGGUACAAUAUACCCUGGGUUGAUGAUGACGGCCACAUUAAUCUAUCGUAUUUUCCACUUUUUUCACGUCACAAUUGACAUUAGAAAUGUCUUUACGGUGUUUGCCACUUUCCUUCUAACCAAAGAAGCCAUUGAUUUGCCAUCUGCUGUCGUUGCCUCUGCUCUUAUUUCCAUAGUUCCCGGUUACACAAGUCGCUCUGUUGCCGGUUCCUAUGAUAACGAAGGAAUUGCCAUCUUUUGUAUGAUCCUUACGUUCUACUUCUGGGUUAAAUCGAUCAACACUGGAUCAAUAAUUUUAUCCGUCUUUACCGGAGUCGCAUACUUUUACAUGGUUUCAUCUUGGGGUGGUUAUGUUUUCCUCCUAAACACUAUCCCUCUUCAUGUACUGGCAUUGAUGAUAUCCGGUCGCUUCUCUCAUCGAGUUUAUGUCGCUUACUCAAUUUUCUAUUGUGUUGGUACUCUCCUUUCAAUGCAAAUAAGUUUUGUCGGAUUUCUUCCAGUGCUUUCCAGCGAGCACAUGGGUGCUCUCGGAGUAUUUGGUUUGUGUCAAAUUGUUGCAUUUACUGAUUACUUACGCAAACAAACCACGGAAGAGCGUUUCAACCAAAUCAUCCGGUUCGGCAUUUCGACAAUCGGUUUUGUAUUGAGCAUUGCGGCCGGUGGACUCUACUUUUCAGGAAAAAUUGCUCCCUGGACUGGCCGAUUUUACUCUCUUUUGGAUCUUAGCUAUGCCAAGAAUCAUCUUCCCAUCAUCGCCUCCGUCUCCGAACAUCAACCGACUACCUGGAGUUCAUAUUUCUUCGAUUUGCAUGCUCUUGUAGUCUUCUUCCCUGUGGGGUUGUAUUACUGUUUCAAAAAAAUGACAGACUCAAGUAUUUUCAUUAUCCUAUAUGGUGUUCUUAGUCUCUACUUUUCUGGUGUAAUGGUGCGUUUAAUGCUUGUGCUCGCUCCCAUUAUGUGCAUUGCCUCUGGUGUUGCAAUCUCAAAUGUCUUACGAACAUUUGUUCCAAAUAUGUCUGAUGAAUCUAAAUCAUCAGUAUCUAGUUCCUCUAGCUCAAACAGUUCUUCCCAUCAGAAACGUUCAAACUUCACCUCAAAGUCUAGUAAAACUGAUCCAACCUAUCCAUUUAAGAGCCAAUCUGCUUCAGCUAUUGUGGCCCUAAUUAUAGUCGUGUUGGUGAUUUACAGUCAACAUUGCAUUUGGGUGACUUUUAAUGCCUACUCAUCUCCAAGUAUUGUCAUGUCUGCGCAAAGAGGUAAUGGAGAAUCUGUACUCUUCGAUGAUUACCGUGAAGCUUAUUAUUGGCUCCGCCAAAAUACUCCACCCGAUGCUAAGAUCAUGUCUUGGUGGGAUUACGGCUAUCAGAUUACAGCCAUCGCUAAUCGGACGGUUUUGGUCGAUAAUAACACUUGGAAUAACACUCACAUUGGUCGUGUUGGUCAGGCUAUGGCGUCUUCAGAAGAAGAUGCCUAUGAAAUUCUCCGGGAACUUGAUGUCGACUAUAUCUUAGUCAUCUUUGGUGGCGCAUCCUCAUACUCAUCAGACGAUAUCAAUAAGUUCCUCUGGAUGGUUCGAAUUGCUGGGAGCACAGAGAAGGGUCGUCAUGUAAACGAAGUGGACUAUUUCAGCAAAGCUGGUGAAUAUCGUAUCGACAAAGAGGGUUCACCUAUUUUCCUGAACUGUCUCCUCUAUAAGAUGUCCUACUAUCGAUUUUGGGAGAAGUACACAUCGCCGAAUCACCCACCGGGCUUUGACCGAGUUCGGAAUGCCAUGAUUGGAAAUAAGGAUUUCGAAUUGCAGACCCUGGAAGAAGCCUUCACAACGGAAAAUUGGAUUGUUCGUGUCUAUAGCGUGAAGAAACCCCUAAAUCGUGGCCAUGUGUAA